AUGGAGGAGCCUUCUAAGGAGAAUAGUGUAACGCCAAAACAUGGCAAAGCUUGUGUCAAUUGUGCGAAAGCCAAGGUUAAAUGCGUAGAAAAGAAUGGUGUUGCUGCUUGCGAAAGAUGCCAUAGACUCAUCAAGGACUGCCAGCCAAUCACCAGAACCAGAAGACGAAAGUCAGUGAGGAGAACCGCAGCUACGAGAACUGCCGAGCUCGAGCAAAAGCUUGAUGGACUAGUUUCGUUAUUGACUGCAGCUACACAAGAUCAAAAUACUCCCCCUUCUUCAACGGUAUUAGACCAUACUGUGUCGUCUGACCUUAGAGAUAAUACUCAGGGCUUCAAAUAUCAGACGGGAUCAAAGACCGGUAACCCGCCCGUAAGAGGACUUGUAGCGAUCGACCUUAAGCUUCCCCCCAAUAGUUCUUAUAGUUUGAACUCCAUCCCUGUUCAUCCGCCUCUGCCAGGACCAGCCGUUGGGAAGCCUCUUCGUGAUACUAGUGGUGAUUACUGUGCUACUAAUAUAUCCACGGCAACAUCAUCUGUGUCUCUUAUUCCACCUGACUUAGAAUUGUCUCUGACAGAAGAAGAGAAUACACUAUAUUACUUUCGAACUAAUUCGGCAAGGUACCUACCAUUUAUUGUCAUACCGCCAGAUACGAAUGUCCAUAAAUUCAAGAAAGAGAAUCCAUUUUGGUGGUUGGCCAUUGUAAUGGCUACAGCAAAGAGGACUUCAACACAAAUCGCAUUGGGGAUGCAUAUCCGUCAACUUUUAUGUCAAAAACUACUUAUUUCUGGCGAGCGCAAUCUUGAUCUUUUGUGGGGGCUAUUAACUUAUAUUGCAUGUCAAUGUCAUUACCAACAGAGACCAGUGUGGAGUAGUAUGAUUCAACUUGCUAUGGGAAUAGUAUUCGAUCUCGGAUUGAACAAAUCACCACAGAAAGAGGCACCGCAUUUAUUUUUGAACUUUGACGCCCGAGGAUGUCCAAAACCAUUUAUACCUGCAGUUGGAUCGCAACACGAAAAAAGAGCUUUACUUUGCUUGUACUCUCUAAGCUCUAGCUUUUCAUUAUAUGUCCAAAAGAUUGACACUCUCCGAUGGACACCGUACGCAGAUGAAUGUUUAAAGAUACUCUCUGCAAAGCCUGAGUUACUUCAUGAUACACUCAUGACUCAAAUUGUACAAUUACAACAAAUUCAGGAGCGCGUGAAAGACGCCCCGUGGUAUGAUGCAGCAGGCGAUGGAAGUACCGCGUUCAAAGCACCUGCUGUCUUCUAUCUAAAGGCUUUGAGAAAUCAGAUGGAAACAUUCAGACAACAAAUUCCAAAUGAAGUUCGAGAAAACUGUACUUUUUUGAUGCAUCUAUACAACACUGAACUUACGAUCCACGAAGUUGCUCUCUCCAAAGAACCUCUUGCUGACAUGCCUGAUUUCCAACGUCUAGAAUCCCUUUCCCUCUGUUUCUAA